AUGACUCUCGGGCAGGACUAUGGCUCGCGGGAUACCGUCAUUGCUGAGACCUCUCGAGAAGAGCUGUCGGAAAAGAAGGAAGGGGCGGGCGUUCCGUCCAACCACCAUCACCCCAGCUCAUCACCGUCGCGAACUUUGCGCGAUGAAUCGAAUCUUGUUACUUGGGAUGGGCCUGAUGAUCCCGACAACCCUCAUAACUGGUCGAUGGCCUACAGAUGGUGGGCGACGCUCCUUUGCGCCGUUAUGACCCUCAACGUAACUUUCGCGUCGUCUGCUUCCUCGCCUGGAACGACAGCAAUCUCAGAAGAGUUCAGCGUCUCGGAGGAAGUGACGGACUUAACCACGUCUCUAUUUCUUGUUGGCCUUGCCCUUGGGCCAAUUCUCUGGGGCCCAGGUUCCGAGGUACUAGGCCGUCGACUCAUGUACACGAUCUCACUAUCUCUGUACACCAUCUUCCACCUCGGCCAAGCCCUUGCACCGAAUAUUCAAACACUAUUGAUCACACGUUUCUUCACGAGCUUCUGUGGAUCGGCACCAUUGACGUUAGGAGGAGGCUUGAUGGCAGAUCUAUGGGGCAAUCCGAUCCGCAGGGGAGAGGCUGGGACUGUGUUCAUCGGGAUGAUUUUUCUUGGGCCGGCGAUUGGACCGCUCGUCGGUGGUUUUAUCAUCGAUAGUGGCCUUGGGUGGAGAUGGUUAUUCUGGGUGAUGAUGAUCUUUGCUGGCGUGGUGACUGCGUUUGCUAUCUUCUGCAUGCCAGAAACGUACGCUCCCGUUCUUCUCCUUCGCAAGGCCCAACGACUGCGCAAAGAGGACCCAAUUGGAAACAAGGACAUUUUCGCGGAGUCGGAGCGUCACCACGAACCGUUUUCCACAAUCGUCUACAAGACCUUGUAUCGGCCGUUCCAGCUCCUCCUCAACGAGCCAAUACUGGUACUCAUCACAAUCUACAUCUCCGUCGUAUACGGGAUACUCUACUCCUUAUUUGAAACCUUCCCAAUCAUUUUUAUCAAGCACUACGACUUUACUGUCUCUCAAAGCGGUCUCAUCUUUAUCGGCAUAAUGAUCGGUGUCCUCUUCGCGGGUGUCGUUAAUGUAGUCACCAUGCGUCCCUACCCAGAAGCCAUCAUAUAUUGGCGUGGGUUUCCUCCACCAGAGAUGCGACUCUACGGCGCCAUGAUCGCGGGCCCAUGUCUAGUAGUGGGAACGUUUUUCAUGGGAUGGACAUCACAGUAUGCGGGUCCUGUUCCGUGGUAUGUUCCAGCGCUCAGUACGCCGUUCAUCGGAACCGGCGUGACGUUGAUCUUCAUGUCGUUCAUGAAUUACCUGGUGGACACGUAUGCCCAUUACGCUGCGUCUGCAUUCGCUGCCAACGUAAUCGUGCGGUGCCUCUUCGCCGCCGCUUUCCCGCUCUUCACGAAUCAGAUGUACACCAGCCUGGGGCUGAACUGGGGCUCUACCCUCAUCGGUUGCUUCUCGCUUCUACUGUGUCCAAUUCCGUUCUUCUUUCAUAAGUAUGGAGCGAGGAUACGCCAGAGGAGCAAGUUCGCCCCGUGCAAGGCAAGUACAACUCAUAGAUCCUCUGAUGAGCUUCCGGCUGACUUUGGCGCGUGCUCAGGAUCUUCAAGUAGCAAGACAAAUAGCAUACGAAGAGAAGGAGGAGGCUGA